AUGGCAGAGAAUGGCACCUGGGUGACAGAAUUUAUUUUGAUGGGGUUCCAGCUCCAGGCAGAGCUACAGCUGUGUUUCUUCUUUCUGUUUCUGGCCUUUUAUCUCAUCACCAUGGGAGGAAACCUGGGCAUGAUCAUGCUCAUUCAGAGUGACUCUCGGCUCCAGACACCAAUGUACUUCUUCCUCAGCCAUCUGUCCUUCCUGGACAUUUGCUACUCCUCUGUGAUUGUCCCUCAGUUGCUGGAGACACUGGGGACUGACAAGAUGGUCAUCACCUAUGAGCGCUGUGCCACUCAGUUCUUCUUUUUCACGCUGUGCGCUAGCACAGAGUGCUUCCUUCUAGCUGUCAUGGCCUAUGAUCGCUACGUGGCUGUGUGCAGCCCUCUCCUGUACACCACGGCCAUGACUCCACAGACUCGCCUGGGGCUGGUAGCUGCAGCAUAUGCUGGUGCAAUGCUGAACUCUGUGGUCCGCACUGCGUGUACCUUCUCCAUCUCCUUCUGUAAGUCCAACCAGGUGGACUUCUUCUUUUGUGACCUUCCGCCCCUGCUGAAGCUUGCCUGUAGUGAGACCAGGUCACAGGAGCAGGUGAUCUUCCUUUUAGCUUUCUUGGUCAUAACAACUAGCGUUUCAGUGAUUCUCAUAUCCUAUUUGUUCAUCAUUUGGGCUAUUCUGAAGAUUCGCACAGCAGGUGGGAAAGCCAAGACCUUCUCCACCUGUGCGUCUCACAUGACUGCGGUGGCACUUUUCUUUGGAACACUCAUAUUCAUAUACCUGAAAGGAGAUAUGGGCAAAUCCCUGUGGGAAGACAAGAUUGUGUCAGUAUUGUACACGGUGAUCAUCCCCAUGCUAAACCCCAUGAUCUACAGCCUAAGAAACAAGGAAGUGAAGGAGGCACUCAAGAAAGCUUUCAAAAGAAUGAGUUUUCUAAGCUAA